AUGGCCACGGGCUCCGGAAGAUACCUGCGUUACAUCUUGUUUGCCUUCUUUGGCAUUCUCAUACUCUACUUCAUAUCUACAUCCUCAUUACCAUCCUACACGCCAUCAAUAGCUGAGGCGGCAGGAAAACUGUCUUGGGACGAUAUAAAAGUCCCUGUUACACCACCACCGGCGGAAAAGCCAGCAGCUGAUCCUGAUGCUGUUGCGGAUGCUUUUACCUCGAAGCCUCAAAAUCCCCAGUUGGGAACCUCGCCCUUGCCGAGCAUAACUCCUUUAAGUCCUUCAGAACUCUCGCCUGCCGCACCCGGAGAGAGAGUCAAUGCAACCUUUGUCACCUUGGCCAGAAACUCGGAUAUCUGGGAGAUUGCUCGUUCCAUUAGACAAGUCGAAGACAGGUUCAACAGAAACUACAACUACGACUGGGUCUUUCUGAACGAUAAACCAUUUGAUGAUCAGUUCAUCAAGAUUACCACUUCUCUCGUCUCGGGCAAGACCCAUUAUGGCGAGAUCCCUGUCGAGCACUGGUCUUUCCCGUCGUGGAUUGAUCAGAAGAAAGCAGAGGCCGUUCGUGAAGACAUGCGCAGGCGGAAGAUCAUUUAUGGCGACUCCAUCAGUUAUCGCCACAUGUGCCGUUUCGAAUCAGGCUUCUUCUUCCGUCAUCCUCUUCUGCACCAAUUCGAAUACUACUGGCGAGUCGAACCGAGCGUUGAACUCUUCUGCGACAUUCACUACGAUCCUUUCAAGUACAUGAAGGACAAUAAGAAGAAGUACAGCUUCGUUCUCAGUUUGUACGAAUACGUCGAAACCAUCCCGACCUUGUGGGAAAGCACCAAGAAAUUCAUAAAGGCCCACCCCGAGCAUAUCCAUCCUGAGAAUUCAAUGGCCUUUUUGAGUGACGAUGGAGGUGAUACAUACAACAAGUGCCAUUUCGUGAGUUCUACCCCAAUGACCCCUUCAUUCACAACUAACACAUACCAGUGGUCUAACUUCGAGAUCGGAAAUCUUGACUGGCUCCGGUCCAAGGCCUACAUCGACUUUUUCGAGUCCUUGGACCAAGACGGUGGUUUCUUCUAUGAACGUUGGGGUGAUGCUCCUGUUCAUUCCAUUGCUGCAAGCCUUUUGCUCCCAAGGGACGACAUCCACUUCUUCAAUGAUAUCGCCUACUACCACGUCCCAUUCACCCAUUGCCCCACUGGGGACGAUCUUCGCCUGAAACUCCGAUGUCAUUGCAACCCCUCUGACAAUUUUGAUUGGAAAGGUUACAGCUGUACCUCAAGAUUCUUUGAUCUGAACAAACUGUCUAAGCCGGUGGGCUGGGAGGGUCAAGCUUGA